CACAAGAAGAAAAAAACAAGCGAGAAGAAGAAUCUUUUGCAUAACAGCUGAUGCAUUGCUAUAUCAUUUUUUUAAAGCUGUCUUUCAUUUAUUUACGAUGCUUUUAGACUAAAUAAAUGUUAGUGUAAGGCAGUGAUUGAUUAGAAGCGAUAGAGCCUCUUGGUGUGAGAAUAUUGACGGUAACCCUUUCAGAUGGAUGUGAGCAUAGCCGUGUCUCUGAUCCGGGGUCAGAUGGGCACGGUGGUGGAGCGAGCAGUGAACACGGCGGUGGAGACGGUGCUGGCCGAGAUGCUCAAAGUGGUUGGUGUGAAGUUCGAGGAGCUGAAGGCUCAGGUGGUGGUGAUGAAGAGGGACGUGAUGGCGCUGCAGAGGGAGAAGGCCCUGAAGGAGAAGGAGAACGACAACAUCCGAGCUAAGCUGCGCUACACCGAGCUGAAGCUCAAGUACUACAGGCAGGGAGUGGAGGAGGAGCUGCAGCAGAGGGCGUCGGCCUCCGCGCUGAUCCACAUCCAGCCGCCCGCCUUCACCCGCGUGCAGAGGGGCAAGGYAGAGCUGCCUGUGCCCUGUCCAGCUCACAAAUCUGCGGAGGAAGUACUGUUCAGCAGCAGCCAAGAAUGCACCUCGUCAGAUAGCACAAGCAGACGAGCAGUCAGAGUUUGCUGUCCUUCAGACGCGACGAGCUCCGACUCAUCGGACCUGCUGCUUCCACUCACACUCACCGUGGGCGAGUCUGUGGACAGCAGCGCAGUUUUAUUUCAUCACUCGGUGCAUGAUGGACCUCAGAGGGAGGAUGUGGACCAGGUGGAAUGGGCCAUCACCAUGCAGCCUCCAGCAGAACGAUGUGCCGAGGCUCCUGAUUCCAUUAGGACCCUGACGCUGUUGUCAGGGCAACAGCCAGCGCCUGUCGCACUGUCCCUAGAUGUUGACAGCUCCAUGCUGCCCCCUUCUGUUCCAGAGGUGAAGCAGGAGGUCCAGCCGUCGCAAAAAGAAGAAGAGGAGGAUGUAGAGGAGGAGGAGGAAGUGAUCUGUAUUAAGGAGGAGCCAGCAGAGGAACAGGAAGUAAUGGCCACCYUGCUGCUGGACUGCCAGACGCAGCGCGGUCCAGCCCCACAGCCAGAGACCCAAAGGCUGGCGGCCGAGCCAACACGACCGUCAGCAGGUCAGAUCCACCUUGGUUCCGAUUUCAGCCCAGCUGGAUCCUGCAUCUGUGAGUAGAUCUGUGUGUGUGUGUGGGUGUGUGUGUGUG